AUGAGCCCUGAGUGCCCCCGAACAUUCCUGCUGGCUCGGGCAAACUCACCCACUGCCGUGGGCCGCUACCGCAUCCGCGUGGCCACGGGGGCCUCGCUCUUCUCCGGGUCGCACAACCGCGUGCAGCUGUGGCUGGUCGGGGCGCGCGGGGAGGCGGAGCUGGAGCUGCAGCUGCAGCCGGCGCGGGGCCAGGACGAGGAGUUUGAUCGCGAGGUUGCGGAGGACUUGGGGCCACUGCAGUUCGUGAAGUUGCGCAAACACCACUCCCUGGUGGACGACGCGUGGUUCUGCGACCGCAUCACGGUGCAGGGCCCUGGAGCCUGCGCGGAGGCCGCCUUCCCGUGUUACCGCUGGGUGCAGGGCGAGGGCGUGCUGAGCCUGCCCGAGGGCACCGGUGAGGGGCAGUGUCGGGGGAGAGGGGCCCACCUGGCAGGAAACAAUGCCUUGGACGUGUUCUGGAAGCAUCGAGAGAAAGAACUGUAG